CCAGUGGGAAAACGGAAGAUAUGAGAGAGCAGAUUGCUGCUGGUGAUACUCGCUAGAAGGAAAACAGAAAAAAGGAGCGUGUAACUCUAGAGCUACAUCCAGAUGAAUGUGAGGUUUGAGAGGUGAGUGAUGUGAUAGAAAAGUGCUGCUAGCAGAUGAAUUUCCUGCAGAACCUCCCUUUCCACCAGCAUCAACAUGCAGAGCAACUACUCCCUGGUCAUCACCACCAGAGAAACUCUCCAAGUCCUCUAUACAGCACUGACAAACUCAUCGGCUGCAUUGCGCUCGCCCCCUCCCUGCCCACUUACCUCUUCAGAUUAUCAGUUUUCACUAAUUCCAGCACUCUUCUCUGUGGUUUUUGUUCUGGGUUUGGUUGGUAACAGUGUGGUGGUUGCAGUGCUUUGUUGUCACAGUGGCUCCCAAACAGUUGCUAAUACCUACAUUUUCAACCUGGCCAUGGCGGAUUUGUUGUGCCUCGCCAGCCUUCCCUUCUGGGCUACGUACUACGCGCAGGGGUACAACUGGUUCUUUGGGUCUCUCAUGUGCAAAAUCGCCAGUUCUGUCCUGUGCUUGAACAUGUUUGCAAGUAUAUUUUUCAUUACGUGCAUGAGCGUGGACCGGUGCCAUGCUAUUGUCCAUCCUAUUCGCUCUCAAAGAAGAACUCCACAACAAGCUUAUUUUAUAGCAUUGGUUGUGUGGGGCCUUGCCUGUUUGUCCUCCCUCCCAACUUUCUAUUUUCGUGACACUCACUACAUUGAAAGCUUGGCGGUCAAUGCUUGCAUUAUGGCCUUUCCUCAUGAGAAUUAUGCAAAAUGGUCUGUGGCAACAGCCUUCCUGAAAAAUGCACUCGGCUUCUUCAUCCCCUUGACAGUGAUCACCACGUGCUACAUCUGGAUCAGGAGGCACUUGCUCAAAGCACAGGAGUUUGGGAAAAACAAGCAGAAGAGGGACAAAGUCCUAAAGCUGGUGGCUGCUGUUGUUGUGGCCUUCUUAAUUUCCUGGCUCCCAUUCCACAUUUUAACGUUUUUGGAUGCCUUGGCUCGUAUGAACGUCAUUAACAACUGUGACGUGACAGGGAUCAUUGACACAGCACUGCCGUUUGGCAUCUGCAUGGCAUUCGCCAACAGCUGCAUCAACCCUUUGCUGUACUGCUUUAUUGGGAACCAGUUCCAGGAGAAGCUCCAUCGCUUGUUUAAGCGACGAGUUUAUCAGUUCAACAGCCAUCAAGAGAGCUCUUCUUUGAGGAAAGGGAGCUGCUUCAGAGAUGCUGAGACACCCGUGGGCAGGGAGGGGGGGCCUGGGUCCUUGCUGUAGGCACUGGGGCAUGAUGUGGGGCAAUGUCAGUGCAGCUGGCUGUCCCUGCAGUGGUGACACUCCUCUCUCCUGUUCCCUUUGGUUUGUGCCCAUUCAUUCACCAUCUCUUUGAAGGAGAAUCCGUUUUUCUCAUACAUGGGGAUUUAUUCUUCCUUCCUUUCAACAAUGAACACUCAAGUUUGACAUAGAGGGAAGAUUCUGGCAAAUAAAUAUACUGAUGGCAUUUUAAAUAUCAGCUUUUGUGUGGCUGAGAUCAGGUGAGUGUUUAGUGUAACACAAAAAGACAAAAUACACCAAAGUACCAUUGCACGAUAGCUACAAUUGUGUAGGUGCUAUUAUACCCUAAGCUGAU